AUGCGCGCUUCUGUGCUGGCCAGCUUGGUGCUCUGCACCAGCCUAUCACUAGCCUGCGGCGGCCACGACGAUGAUAGGCAAUGGACUAAGGAGGAGCUGGAGGAGCUCGAAUACAAAUGGGGAUACGAUUGGACGUUUUCCGGCAUCGGCACCUUUGCUCAUCUCGACUACGUCAAGUGCCUGACCAACCCAGCUGAGCGUUACGACAUUGCCAUUGUCGGCGUUCCCUUUGACACGGCUGUCUCCUACCGACCAGGCGCCCGAUUCGGUCCUCGCUUUAUCCGCGCCGCCUCGGGUCGCCAGAUUGGCUAUCGCAGCUACAACCCGCGCGCCAACAUCAACCCGUAUGAUAAUUGGGCUAAGAUUGUCGACUGCGGCGACAUCCCCAUCACGCCCUACGACAAUGUCAUUGCGCGCGAGCAGAUGACGCAGGGGCUCAAGGAGCUCGGCCGACACCGCACCGUGUCGUCGGUCAGCGACAAGCCCAAGCUCAUGCUGCUCGGCGGCGACCACAGCCUGACCCUGCCGGCCCUGCGCGCACUGAAUGAGAUUUAUGGCCGCCCUGUGCGAGUUCUUCACUUUGACGCUCACCUUGAUACCUGGGAUCCUUCCAAGUACCCUGCGCACUGGGGCUCGACGCACUUUACCCACGGCUCCAUGUUCUGGAUGGCCAACAAGGAGGGCCUGCUGUCCAACGCAUCCUCGGAGCCGUCGGUGCACGCCGGUCUGCGGACGCGGCUGAGCGGUACCGACUUGGCCGACCUCGACGACGACACAAGCCAGAACUGGGUGCGCUUUUCGGCCGACGAGAUUGACGAGAUUGGCACCAAAGGCAUCAUCAACGGUAUCAUGAGCGCACUAGGCACCGAAGAUCCGGUGUACCUCUCCAUCGACAUUGACGUGCUGGAUCCUGCGUUCGCGCCCGGCACUGGCACCCCCGAGCCCGGCGGCUGGACGACGCGCGAGCUGAUCCGGAUCCUGCGCGGCAUCGAGGACCUCAAUUUGGUCGGUGCCGACGUCGUCGAGGUUUCCCCCGCGUACCAGGGCAGUGGCGAGGAGACGUCCCUGGCAGCGGCGCAGGUUGCGUACGAGAUUUUGAGCUCCAUGGUGAAGAAGGGCAUGCAGAGCAUGGCCAAGGAGGGCGAGGCGGCUGCCGCGGUGGAGGAUGUCAAGGAUGAGCUGUAG